AUGCCUGUAGGCAUCCAGAGGCUCAAUGCCAAGAAGUCACAGCCCAACCCGAGCAUCGUCUUCAUCAAGCCGCUCAAAGGCCCCGACGAAGCCAUCGCUCAGGACUUUCUCGAGCGCAUCGCUGCGCAAUGCCUGCCCAUCAUGAAGGAGCACCACCUCUCGGUGAUGACGCUCGAGGAGUACGAGCCCAACCGCGAGUUCGUGGGGCGCAACUUCAACGCGGGCGAGGUCGUGCAGCUGGUCCUGCGGCCGCUCGGCGCGCGGCACCGCUGGCUGCCCUUUGAGUACGUGCAGAUGGUCAUGAUGCACGAGCUCGCGCACUGCGUGCAGAUGAACCACUCGCGCGCCUUCUGGGCCGUGCGCAACAGGUACGCCGACGAGAUGCGCACCCUCUGGGCCCGCGGGUACACCGGCGAGGGCAUGUGGGGGCGCGGCGCGCUGCUGAGCACGGGGGAGUUUGAGAGGGAUACCGUCUCCGUGGGCGAGGGCCUACCGGAGCACCUCUGCGGCGGGACGUACCGGUCGCGGGGCCGGAGGAAGAGGAAGGCCAAGAAGACGCUCAGCUAUCAGGAGCAGAAGGAGAGGCGCAUUCUCAAGAAGUUUGGAGCGAACGGCGUCGCACUGGGCGAGGACGAGGGUGCUAAGAAGAAGCUGGAGGGGCGGAGUGUCGCCAGCAAGCCCAGGGUCGCGGGCAGCAAGAGAGGCAGGGAGUUGAGGGCAGCAGCCGCACUGGCUCGGUUCGACCAGCAAAAGAAGGAGGAAGAAGCGUCUCGGCAGAAGGAAGAAGCAGACGACGAUGACGAGACAGCCAGUGAGCCAGAAACGGAGAGCGACUACGAAGAAGACGAUGGCCCGUCUCCCGGACCAGAUGCUCUCGACAUCGAUGGCACGAAGCUGCUUGACAAGAAGGGUCACGGCAUGGUCAAGGUCUGUGAAGACGAGAACCCGAACGAUGAGGAUGCACAGCAGGAAUUACUGGAACUGCAAUCGUCAUUCCAACCCAAGAUGGAAUCUACCACGCCUGAGAUUUCAAGGACAAGACCUGCACAGUCUCUGGAGCUUAAAUCAAAUGAGCCCGUCCGAACAAAGCCUCUGCAGGCAGCGGCUUCAACACCAGCACAACACCAACCGGACAAGGAGCCGACCACUGCUCAGCCUGAUGACCCUGAAAACCCCCCUCCAGAGGCCGAGGCUCUCAAGUCAUGUGCGAUAUGCAGCUUCGGGAAUGACAAGGCUUCGUUGACCUGUGCAAUGUCCGUCAUGCCAGGGCAGUAG